UACUACUGAGUAGAGUCAUCACUAAGGGCUCAUCUCUAAGGGCUCCAUGUGACUCUGGUGGAGAGGUAGACCAUGAUUUGGGCAGCAAUGUUUGCUCACUCUUUCCCUUACUAGAGUUCUGCCAUAGAAUCAUGGAGUCAACAUCCCAGGACAGAAGGGCAACUAACGUCAUCACUAUAAAACCAAACGAAACUGUAUUGACUGCAUUUCCCUACAGACCUCAUAGCUCUCUGCUGGAUUUUCUGAAGGGAGAGCCAAGAGUCUUGGGGGCUACCCAGAUCCUGCUUGCUCUAAUCAUUGUGGGCUUUGGAACUAUAUUUGCACUUAAUUACAUCCGUUUCUCCCAAAGACUUCCCCUUGUUGUCCUCACAGGAUAUCCAUUCUGGGGAGCACUUAUUUUUAUUCUUACAGGAUACCUCACAGUAACCAAUAAGAAAUCAAAAAUUCUGGGUCAAGGUGUCACGGGCAUGAAUGUUAUCAGCUCCUUGGUUGUGAUAACUGGGAUUACUUUCACCAUUCUCAGCUACAGACAUCAAGACAAGUACUGCCAGAUGCCAUCCUUUGAAGAAAUAUGUGUUUUUGGUAGAACUCUUUUCAUUGGAAUUUUGUUAAUCUUACUGAUCAUCAGCAUAGCAGAGCUCAGCAUCUCUGUGACUUUGAUUGCAUCCUUUAGAAGCAAGUGCUGGACACAGUCAGAUGAGGUUCUGUUUUUCUUGCCUUCGGAUGUUACUCAAAAUAGUGAACAACCUGCCCCAGAAGAAAAUGAUCAAUUACAAUUUGUGCUUCAAGAAGAGUUUUCCAGUGAUGAUUCAACAACAAAUGCACACUCUGUUUUCUUUGGAGGCUAUGCUUUCUUCAAGUUAAGACUCUCUAGAAGUCCUUUAGUCUCCCAACCAGGUAAUAAAGGUAGGGAAUUUGUGCCAAAUGAACAAAAGCAAAGUAUCCUUCCAUCUCCCAAAUUUUCAGAGGAAGAAAUUGAACCUUUGCCUCCCACACUAGAGAAAAAGUCCUCAGAAAAUAUGUCCAUUCAGCUAGACUCUACAUUUAAACAAAUGAAAGAUGAAGAUCUACAAUCUGCUAUUGUACAACCUUCCCAAAUGCAAACCAAGCUUCUGCAGGACCAAGCUGUGUCACUCCAAGUUUUUCCAUCCCAUUCUGCACUAAAACUCGAAGAUAUAUCACCUGAAGAUUUGCCAUCCCAAGCUCUACCAGUAGAAGGCCUGUCAGAACAAACCAUGCCAUCUAAGUCUACAUCAUCCCAUGUCAAACAGUCUUCUAAUCUGACAGCUAAUGACCUGCCCCCUCAAGGCAUACUAUCCCAAGACACAUCAUCUCAAGAUAUGCUGUUUCAUGACAUGACAUCCCAAGACAUGCAAUCCCUAUAUAUGCUAUCUCAAGACACACCAUCCCACGCCAUGCCACCUCAAGACAUACCUUCCCAAGAUAUGCUAUCCCAAGCUCUAUCAGCGCAUGCCAUAUUACCUGAAGCCUCAACAUCCCAUAUUGUGCAGUUCCCUGAAAUACAACACCUACUUCAGCAGCCCCCAGAUCUUCAACCAGAAAACACUGAACCUCAAAACCAGCAAAUUUUACAAAUGUCAUAUCAAGAUAUUAGAUCAGAAGUUAUGGAAGAGACCAAAGAAUGGAAAUCUGAGGAGGAACUCCAUAGAAGAAAAUCCUCAAGACGGCAUUCCUUAAACCAGGAAACCAAAGCCUUGCAAUACUUAAGGAGACAUUCUUUAGACGUGCAAGCCAAAGGCCAGAAAUCCUCAAAGAGGCAUUCCUUAGAUCAGCAAAGCAAAGGCUGGCAAUCUCCAAAGCGGAAAUCCUUAGACCAGCAAAUCAAAGACUGGCUAUCCCCGAAGAAGCACUCCAUAGAUAAGCAAGCUCAACUUAAUCAAACUAAAGAGCAACUCCCAGAUCAGCAAGCUGAAGAUCAGCAAGCCAAAGGGGAACAAUACCCAGAAGGACAAUCUAAAGAUGGACAAGUUAAAGACCAGCAGACUGAUAAGGAGCAAAACUCAAAGAAGCAAACCCAGGAUCAGCAAACUGAAGACCAGCCGGCCCAAGAGAAGAAAUCCCCGAAAGGACAAUUCCAAAAUGUUCAAGCCGAAGGACAGCAAGCUCAGGUGGAGAAAGUGCCAAAACUGUUAUGUCAAGAUUCAGAAUCCCAAAUACAGCAAUACCAAUUCUGGCAAUUCCACAAAAGCAAUCUCCAGGCUGGACAACCCAGGACUGUCAAUCUUUUGGCCAAGAAUCCCCUGACUGGAUAACUCAGGGCUGGAGAAACAAAGAUUAUAAAGCACGAGAAUGGCAAUUUGAAAUGAAGCACUGGCAAACACAGGAUCUAUUAGAGAAAGAAGCCCUAAAGCAGAAAGCUCUAUACCGAGAAGUCCAAACCCAGCACACAACAG